AUGCGAAGCGAUGCUUUUGCUCUUUUGCUCUCUGCCCAGAGCGCCUUCGGUGGCAAGUACUUCAUCCACUGGACUGCGGAGCCAGACUCGGAGGAGUUCUUCAAGUUCGAUGUAGUUGACCGAGACAACUACAACGAGGUGCCAACCAAAGACUCGGUUGUACUUGAUGCGCAUGCGAGACGCGACAAGAGUGCCACUGAACUUUUGUCCAAGUUGCAGGCAGCCAGAUCGGGACAGAUUUUGAUCGAUAGUGACAUCAGUGAGCCUGAAGAGGGCAUCGAGGUGUACGUGUACAAGAAUGCCGAGGCAAGGGCCGAGUUGGGAAAGGCGAUCUUGAUUCAGGACCUGGUCAUCGUGCCGAAGGAGCUGCAGGAUGCGAUCCGCGUCAUCCAGGCAACGCCGUUUCCGCCAUAUGUGGGUGGUCCUGAUAGGUAUGAGGGUAUGAAGAUGAUUAUUGAAUAG